GAGCCGCUUCCUUACACAUAACCAGAAUCGCCUGAAUCAUCGUCGGUUUUUCCCUCCGAUCCAACCUGGAGAUCGAGAGAGAGACGGCAAUCUUCCAUCGCCGAUCACCCCUCUCUCAUCUCCAAUUUCAACCGGAGGGAUACAUACUACUACUCACAUCAUAAAAAUCUGCGUCUUUAAUUUGCUAACUGUACAUGUUCGUAUGGUAUACAGAUAAAUUUUUUGGAUGCGAAGGUCGAAUGCUCGUGUGGCAGAAGCAGUCGAUCGCCCUCAUAUCAAUAAAGAGAAGAAGAAAAUGGAUAACUCCAUAAAGCUUAAAUUUCGCCCUAAUCAAUCUCUGCGAUCCACAAAUCUCUUCUCCAGAAACCAAAAACAACCGCAUCUUACCAAAUCGAAUAUCUAUAUUAUCGGAUUCCUGACCUUUGUUUUUGUGUCUUCUUGUUAUUUGUAUUUUAAUUCCCGUAAUCCGGUACAGAAACGGUAUCGAAUCAUCAUUGAUGGAGGGAGCACGGGGAGUCGGAUUCAUGUGUUUCAGUAUGUGAUUAAGGAUGGAGCUCCUGUUUUUGAUCUUAGUGGUAAGAAGGGGUUGGCUUCAAUGAGGGUUAGCCCUGGAUUAUCUGCGUUUGCGGAGGAUCCCAAGGGGGCGGGUGCGUCUGUGUUGGAGCUAUUGGAGUUUGCAAGGGAGAGGAUUCCAGGAGAGAAGUGGGGGGAAACAGAGGUCAGAUUGAUGGCGACGGCCGGGUUAAGGAUGUUGGAUUUGAGUGUACAAGAACGGAUUCUAGAGUCUUGCAGGAAUGUCUUGAGGACUUCUGGAUUCGCCUUUCGCAAUGAUUGGGCUUCUGUUAUUUCAGGUUCUGAUGAGGGAGUAUAUGCAUGGGUUGUGGCUAAUUAUGCUCUUGGAACUCUUGGAGAUGAUCCUCAGGAAACAACAGGGAUAAUUGAACUUGGUGGUGCUUCUGCUCAGGUAACCUUUUUCUCAAGUGCAGCAAUUCCCCCUGAAUUUUCACAGACGGUAAAGUUUGGAAAUGUCAGUUAUAGUCUUUACAGCCACAGCUUGCUCGAGUUUGGUCAGAAUGUUGCAUUUGACUUGAUUCGUUGGUCAAUGUUCGCAAAAGGUUCUAAUCCAGUUUAUGUUUUUUCAGAAUCCUUUGGUAACAAGGAACCAGUUGAUCCAUGUUCACCAAAAGGAUAUAAACACAAUGCGAUGAUCGGGAAUUACACUCCUGGUUCUUUUGUUGAAAUGAAUGAACAAUCAUCCGUUCUACAUUCAAGUGGCAACUUCUCUGAGUGCCGAUCUGCCUCUUUAACGCUGUUGCAGAAAGGCAAAGAGGAUUGCACCUAUGACCAAUGCUACAUUGGCUCGACGUUUAUGCCCAAGCUUGAAGGAAAAUUUUUGGCGACGGAGAAUUUCUUCCAUACAUCUAAGUUCUUUGGGCUGUCACCAAGAACAUUUCUUUCAGAGCUGAUGGUGGCUGGAAAAAAGUUUUGUGAAGAUGAUUGGUCAAAGUUAAAGAGGAAAUACCCAACAUUUAAGGAUGAAGAUUUGCAUCGUUACUGCUUCUCAUCAGCAUAUAUCAUUGCUUUACUUCAUGACAGCCUUGGAAUUGCACUCGAUGAUAAAAGGAUUCGAUACGCUAAUCAGGUGAGCGACAUUCCACUGGAUUGGGCAUUGGGCGCCUUCAUCUCACAAAUCAUGAGCGAGUUAGAUGUGGGGCAAUUGUACCCAGUGAAAUCAAUACUGGGCGUGGACUCUUGGACGUUAGCGUUUGUGAUAUUUUUGUUGAUCGGUGCUGCAUAUUUUGGGUCGAAAUGGAGGAAUCCCCCGAAUGUAAAGACAAUAUACGAUCUAGAGAAAGGGAAGUAUAUAGUUACCCGAAUAGGUAGACACUCAUAAUACACGUUUGUUUUCUUCUUGUCGAUGAAUUAGAUAUAGUUGAAUACGAUAUGGAGAGAGAGAUGUCGUAUUUGCAUUGCAGCAGAAGAUAGUGAGUACCGGAAAACCGAUGUAAUUUAGCAGAAAUGUUACUGUCAAUUUUUUGUUAUAUAUUGUUGGGUUAGGGGUUGUUUGGUAGAUGCAGAAUGAUUAAAUCGUGAUACCACGGGGUGCUUGAUUUUUGAAAUGCAUCAUCACACUUUGUCUCAA